UGUCAGCGGUUACGUUCCCCGACCGACAGUGCCACUUGCUCAGUGCCGCGUUCAGAGUUCGCUUGGUGUUAUUUGGAAAUUUUUAAACAAUACAGUUGCCUAUCUUUCGUUUCCUACGCUAACUUGGGAUAAUAUUCACUUGGAAAAAUAUAGCCUGACUAAGUGCUUGUGCAACAAGAAGCCCAUUUGUGGCUGUAAAGUUGAACCAGAUUGAACUGUCAAAAUAUAUUUGUAUCACGAUUCAGAAUACUUCCAUUUUAAGUAGUUUCCAAUAAUAUUGAUCGACGUGAAUAUUAUCUAAUAAAUGUUCAAAAAAUAAUUGGGUAUUUUUGGAAUGAUUGAGAGCGAACGAUGACUUCUACACCUCGCAAAUGAGUGAUACUAACGAGACGUCGAAAUGUUUUAAAUUAUAACAAAAUUUUAUUUAGAAAUUUGUCACGACAUGGUGCGAGGUGUGUCGCAGAACGAAUGCAUGACUUACAAGUGUUUUGCACCAAAUUUAUUUACCAAACUUUCUGCCAAUACCAAGUAUACAUUUUCUUUCAAAAGGCAACAAUAUGUAAAUAACAUUGGUGAAUUGAAAAUGAUGUCAAAUUGUGGCAAACAACAGAGAUGUAAGUGAGCUUCAUCACGGAGCGAGAUGUCAAGUUUCAAAUCCAAAAUCGAGAUGAGACAGUCGAAUCUCUGUCAGUUGAAAUUAUUUAUGAGUAAGCAAUAAAUUGCAGACGGCAAUUUAUUCCUCAUAUUCCUGUGUACUUGAAUUAAAAUUCUUACAUGCAACUUUUUUCUAACCUGUGAUUCUAUAAUUCAGUAUUAAUUGACAGAGCAAAAAUAAAAUUAAUUGGAGACCACGAAUUAUUAUGUUGAAGAUUUCGGCGAACAAAUCGGUAAAAUAUAUCUUAUUAUUGGAAAAUAUUUGAGUGUUAGCUGUUGAAAUACUGUGGUGGGUGAGAAGUGGACGAUAAUCCGUCCACGCAAUUCCUAUACUAAUUUGUCCUCGAAUUGGAACCGAGGACUGCAAUGCUAAAUUUUUCGUCAUAAUUUUAUUGACACCCGAGAAAGCUAGGACUUAUUCGCCAGCUGCUUAUAAGUUACCAAAAUAAAAUUGUUUAUAAAGUUACCAAUCUGGGACGGAUAAGGAAUUUUUAACUCAACUAUUUCGCGUAGGACAUUUAUUUUGUGCACGACAAAGAAGUGUGUAUAGUUCAACAAAAAUUUUCUUAUAGUGUGCCUUGGAAAUCUGCAACUCUUCACAAAGCAUCGUAAUUUAAGAAUAACAACAAUCUUCGAGCUCUUCAUGAAGCAGCAAUACGCAGGAUUGCAUCGUGCCGAGCUCCGAUGUCCUGUGCAACGCACCUGUUGCUCCUCGCACCUGUGGUCGAUACGACGACUUUAAAGGCCGCACUAUGCUGAAGCACGUGUCCCAUCGCUCGUCCACGUCCAUCGCCGGGACUCAAAGUCCCAGCCGUCGAGCCUCCGUCCCAGUACGGCCUCUCUGUCGGCAGCCGUCCGAAGGUCCCCUCAGCAAUGCGUCCACUCCCACCUCCGGCCGCCGCGCCACUCACUCCCCCGACACGAUAUCCUCGUGCGUGUCGACGCCUGGCAUCCACAGGCGGGUGUCGCAGUCCCCCGAGGCUUGCAGGUACACGGUGUCCCCUGACUGCUCCCGACGCCCCGAACCAAAAUUGAUUCAUGGUCGCUACCAAAACGAACCGCCACCAAAACUCGGGCGCAGCAUGAGCACUCCAGCAGGAUGUAGAUACCCUCCACCAGGAGUGUCGUCGCCAGCACAAGCAUCCACGCCCGAUAGCCCCCAUCUUAUAAUAAACGAUAAACGCAUUGCAAGCGACGAGAAUGUCGCCCUUGGCAUCAGAAAGCCAAGUUUCGAUGCUAGGAAUGACCUGCCCGACGCGCCGCGAAGUUCAACUUUACCAAGACGACCUAUGCCCCUGACGGGCGUUUACACGCCCCCCUUGACGGCCGCCAUGAGCUACACGUCCUUGCCUCCUGGAGGAAGAACUUCCUUGUCAGGACGAUCUUCAUCGACUUCUUCUUUGUCGGACACCAUCGUCGGAAUCCCCGGAUGUAGCGGCAGUAAAACUGCAGUGCGCAUUCACCUUCGCCAACUACGUCCUGACAUCGAGUACAAAACGAUCCGUAUGGAUACCGAGACGACCUGCCGUCAGCUAAUCGAGCACCUGCUGCAGAAAUUGCGUCUCAAGCACCGCGACCCGAACCUGUUUGCGGUGGUGCUCGAAGUGGCCGUCAAAGGGCCUGGCGGGGCACCGCCGCUCAAGAAGCGCUUCUUGCUGGAGGACUCAGCGCGUCCCGUGGAGCUGCAGCAAUGCCGCCCUCGGGGGGAGGCCAACUUCAGCGUUACCAUGAGACGCGGUGGCGUCCUCAGGGUGCGGGACAGCGUUCUUACGCCCGGGUCUCACUACAAAUCGCUGCUGGUAUCAUACACGAGCUCUGCAGUGGAGGUUGUGCGGCUGCUUCUGCAGUGUAACAACAGGACGGACGACCCGAGGCUCUUCACCCUGCACGAGAGCUGCUCUGAACCUUACCACGACCGUCCGCUCGACAGCGACGAUCGCCCUCUACAAAUCCAAGCAUCGUGGCCCAAGGAAAAGAGGGACAAGUACUCGUUUGUACUACGCCGCAGUUUAACGCAAGGCCUCAUCGAAAAGCGGCAAUUAUGGCGAGUAACGUCCAUUGAAACCUCAAGCACCGACACAGAAUCAGAAAUGGAUGAUCAGCUGGUGAUGCCAGCUAUCCGAUUCCCGUCUUCAAUCUUGAGCAACUCGUCUAUGCUUCUACCCUCUCCAAAACUAAUACAGAAGCCCAGUUUGAUGGCGGUGCCCUGCAUUUCAUCCAACAGGUCUUCUAUAUCAUCGACAUCGUCGUCCUCAUCAUCUUCGUCUAACUGUGGUUCAAGUGGAAGUAGUUGUUACACUCCGCAAAACUUGUCGAGGAUAUCUUGUGACUCUGGGUUCUCUUCAGUCGCAUCGUCACCACAGCCUCAAACCCCUCCGCUGCGCGUUCUCCAGCCUUCAGCGAGUACAGCGCAAACUCCAGUACGAGCCUAUGAAGAGAGUGAAUCGAAAGCAAUUGACUACCUUGGCAACAGCGCAAUGCAGCCCAAAAACGAUGGCAUCGUACAUAUCGGUCAAAGGAACUUUUCUGCAUCCGGAGAGUUAGAGGUUCCAAAGUUAACAGCGACCUCGACGCUGCCCAUAAAGAAAGAACCUCCACCUCCUCCUCCGCGGAACUUCAUACGAAAACUCGACGGACGAUGUGCUGGAGAUGUUCAGAAUAUAACUAAACCAAGCUCAAGUGAUGGAUUAAUACCUCACCCUGAACAUGUUUCGAUCUCAAUUGACAAGAAAUACCAAGAAUCAUUGCAGGAUCUAGGAAUCAAUACUCGGGAGUUUUCACAUACCAAGGAAGAAUCAUCUUUGUCAUCAAAUUUGAGUGAUCGAACACCAAAAAAUGAGACGAGUGAUGCUUUGUCGCCACUUUUAAAUUUUUCAUCACCUUCAAAACAUUCGGUAGUUAUAAACAGGCCAUCUUGCCUGAGUUCUUCCCGUUCUACGCCCAUUAUCAGAGAAGUUAUUUAUAAGCACAUUAGUUCACCGUCAGCCUCGUCUCAAUACAACCCAUCUAGUGCGUCAUCGCCAGCGUCGCAGGUGUCGUACGCGUCGUUGACUUCGAACUUGACGACGCCUUCGCCCACCGCAUCGUCGACCGAGCGGCAGCGGUCAAUGUCUUCAGCCUCGUCAGCAUUUACCUCAGAAAGCGAAGGAAAAUCAGGGACAAGCGAAUCUUCGCCGCAGCCUCAGAAAGCCCUGAAUACAUUUGAAUUGGGCCCUGAGCAUUACCAUAAAUCUCAUAAUGAUGUCCUUCGAGACUCAAAUGUGAAAAUUCAGUCUUCGACUCCGCCGGCUGUUCCUCCUCGCCAUCACGUCAAUACUAAACUUGUAUCUACGAAUUCGGGGUCUAUGUCAAAGCAAGAAGUAUUUGCAGGCGUUUUGAAAUCGAAUGAACAUGCAUGUCAAAAAUUGCCGUUUGUAAAAUCUCUUGAUAGCGAAAAUACGACUUUAGAAGCGCUUACUCAGGUACAAAAGUCUUCUGGGCGUGACAAGAAUUCGUCUUCGUCGGUUCAACCUCGUCCAACGCCCUCCCCUCCGCCUCUGCCGACAACUUCUCCGCCACCGUUGACACCGAAGGAAUCACGUAACUUCCAUUUUCUAUCGAUCACAGAUGCUAAGGCUAACUCCCGACGUAGCAGCUUUCCUUCAACAUUAGAUUCGCAAAAGGAGGGACCUACAGCGAGUCAGUCACAUCCCUCGAGCAAUCCAGAACUUACAUGGAAAGUUGAAUGUACUGAAAAUCAGAAUUUAAUCGCAGAUUCUUUCAGAAACUUAUUGAACAAGAAUGAGGCUCCUACGAUACCCGACGAAUCGAGCAAACAAAUAAAUAAAAUGGCCAGCUUUGGAGGGCCGUGUUCUAGCUCGCCUUCUCUUUAUACGUCACCACAUGCAAUUCAAGCUCAAAAAGAAUUGCAACAAGCCAUUGAUUCUCUAAAGUAUCUUACUACGCAUGACCUCAUUUACAUAUAAGAAAUAUUUCGUCUUACAUACAGCAAGGCUGCGUCAUUGAUAAGCCUGCGUUGCACCUUAUCUUGCCAGCCAACAAUAAUUGAUAAGAAGUAUCGGAACAAAUUCUAAGAUAUUUAUUACCGCGGCCAUCCAUCGAAUACUAAAGACGAGACAUUAAAUAUUUUAAAGCGAAUUGAUUAAAGAACUCACGAUUAAUAAAGACUCAAAUUCUAAUUUUAUUCAUUUGAUACGAGCUAUAGUUCAGAGAGGAAAGCGACGUGUGAAGCAUCAUCGUGCCUUACAAAUCUGGUGAAUUUAUUCCUUUAACUAAUUUUAAAUCCAUCGACAAAUUAAUUCUCACAUAGUGACUGCAAUAUGUGGCAAUAGCGAAGGCUGAUAAACGCGUAGAAGUAAUUCCUUCGAUACUGAAAUUAACCAAUACGUUUACUCGUUUUAUAUGAUUGAAUUUAUCUAAUCAUUAAAUAAAGUACGAUUUAUUAUUAAGAAGUUCAACUGACAUGACGUUUUUUUACGUAACGAAUUCAGACAAAUGAACGAUUUUCCGUGAAUUCUAAAUUGAAUCCAGGUACUUACAAAGAUCAAGUAGCAUGUCGUAUCACUGGUAUACGACAAGGCGAGCACCCGAAUAUAAAUGGUAAAAUACAUACCUUUAAAGCAACAAUUUUUGCGAUGCAACAAAGCUGAAGGAGAGUGAUGCACUGUCUGCUUGUUAGUCGUACUAUGCGUUGAUGAAUGAAUUCAUUGUUUUUCCUUGUAGGCUGAGAACUACUCCUACUACGCCGAUCAAUAUGUAAUUUGAAAGCCUUUUAAUGUUCCCCCUAAAUAUCUAAUUUGUGCAUCCCUUCCGACUUCGAACUUCUUCGCUAACUUUCGGGUAAUGAAGUGAUUGAUAUUCAAGGUUUUAUUCCUAAUGCGGUAACUGAACUUGUAAAGCAUCUAUUGAGAUAUAAUACAGCUAUGUAGCUAGCAUCAUCUUUGCAUGCUAAGAAUUGUGUUAAAGUGUCUGUUACAAUCAGAUACUAAGAAAACUUAAAAUUUGAUUAAUAUUUACGUGAUAAAUUUUUGUAGUCUUAAGUUGUGUGACUUUGUUGAUUGUGAGCUCCGAUGUUAAAAGGAUCUAAAACCGUUGACUCCAAGCCUUUGCUGUCCGUUGGGUCUGAGUGAAGUAAUGAAGUACUACAGAGCACGCGAUGAUAGCGUAGCUUGCUGUCACGAGUCUAGCUCUUGGUAAUGACUGAUAAAGAAUAGCACAAUACUUCAGUGAAGUUAUGACCAUCUCGUCUGUAGCGCCGCCGAAUAGCUGAUGUGAGUAACGCUCACGUAUACUCUCAGAUCCAUCAAUUGUGCCUCAUACUGAGCUAUGGUUCGUACCUGAUAGCACUCUAAUGUAGGGAAAGAAACUGUGAAAUUCAUCUGUCAGUCUGCAGAUAAAUAUAUUUGAUUCAGCUUCUUUUUUGAGCCUUGAUUUGAAAAAGAAGAAGAAUGCAUACAAGUAGGUGAAUGCAUACAAAAAUUAUUCAAGUUGUUUAAACUUUGUACCGACUUUCCGACAGUUCGAAAAUAAUUUCUGAUCGACUGUUAAAAUUGCUUUUGCCCAACUAGCGAAACAAAACAAAAUAAAACAGAAAUACUCUUACUUGCCAUGGAGCGAUUUCAUGUCUGAUUUUUAUGAUUUUGAUUGAUGUCGCUCGUUAUUAGGAUUUUGUUACAGAAAAAAAUGUGCUUUACAAAGUGAUCAAAGUAUCUUCAAAUGCCAGCCAGUAUAGCAUUAACAAGUUUCGUCUCGAUACUACAGUCUAAUAAUGCAGUUAUAGGUCGUCAGAAUUCUAUACAUAAUAAUAUAUGUGGUUAUUUGUUGCCAAAGAUGUGUUUUGUCAUUAGAUGUAGAUAGUAGAUAAUAGAGAGUGUGUACACGGAAAUAAAUAUACGUAACUGAAUGAU